AAUUGAAAGUCUUCUGUGUGUGAAUCACGCUUUUAGUCACCUUUGCUGAGUGCUUAAUCAUCAGAAAAAUGUCUUUUUGGGCCACGCUUUUGCCACUCUUGUGCAUCUUGGCGCCAACAAUUGCCUACAAUUUGUCCCCAACGCCAAAUCACGUCCUACAAGAACCGCCACUCAUCACCAGUUUCGAUCCGCACAAGAACCAGAGUUCAUAUUUCGGCUACAGCCUCAAUCUGAGGCCAAACAGCCUCCUUGUCGGAGCUCCUCGGGCGCCGCCUCGCAUUGAAGCGCAGCGGAAAAUUCGUGAACCAGGAGCAAUCUACAAAUGCGACAUUAAAUCCUCAACUUGUCACCAUUAUGUCUUCGACAAACUGGGAAAUAUCCAAGCAGAGGCGAGUCCAAUAAACUCAGAAACAAAGGAUGAGCAGUGGCUGGGUGCCUCAAUUGACGGUCCAGGACGCGAUGAGGCCAAAUUCGUUGCUUGCGCUUCGCGCAACUUCAUCAACAUGACUUCGCAACACUUUCUCCACGGCAUUUGCUACUGGAUUGAGAACACAACAGACACGCAACCUCAGGGCAUCCGGAAGCUCAUGCCGCUGCGAAAGAAGGAUGCUGGCAUUCAGAUUAACUCCGAGAGCGUGUAUUUGUACAUGAUGGGACAGGCAGGAUUCAGCUCUCACGUCACUGAGAACAACGAGGAGAUCCUCUUGGGCGCUGUGGGAGUAUAUAACUGGAAGGGUACCGUCAUACGGUACAAGCAGACCUCCUUCGACGGUGGUUUGUCCAGGAGAGAGACAAACAGCCUCCGACAUGAGGAAAAAUCAGCCCGAUUCACCAGUAGCAUUGAUUUAAGUGAAGAGAUCCCAAUCCCAUCAAGAUUGACACAAGAGGAGGAUUCCUAUUUUGGCUAUGCCAUCGGAUCCGGGUUCUUCCAUGGUCCCGGAACUGGGAAAAUCCUCUACGUGGCCGGAGCUCCGCGUGCCAACGAAGUCUACCUAUUCGACAUUGAAACCACAGAUAUUGUGAUAAAAUCAAUCAAAAAGUACUGGACUUUCAAAGCGCCCACUUUCGGCGAAUACUUCGGCUCGAGUUUGUUAGUUGAGGACUUCAACGGUGAUCAGUUCCCAGACUUGGUCGUAGGCGCGCCAUAUCAUCGCGAAGAUGACACUGACAAAGGUGCGAUUUACGUUUACACAAACCUGGGAAAGCUUCAAUUCUCUGAAGAACCAUUGGUGAUCACAUCUGAUGAACUUGGAGGAAGAUUUGGGACGAGUUUCGGCAAGAUUGGGGACAUCAAUCUGGAUGGGUUCAAUGAUCUCGCAGUCGGAGCUCCGUAUGAAGACAGUGGAGUGGUGUACAUAUUCCUGGGCAGCCGAGAAGGUCUGCAGAAAAAACCCGUCCAGAAGAUCUUAUCCCCAGGAGGAAAUCGCCUCUUCGGCUACAGCAUCUCCCGCGGAGUGGACAUCGAUGCCAACGGAUAUGUGGACGUGGCAAUUGGCGCCCCAGAAGAUGAGAAGGUCUUUGUCUAUCGCACCUAUCCAGUAGUCAAGGUCAUCGGCACGAUCAGCCCCAACAAACGGGAGAUGGACAUCGGGGAGAGGAGCAUGGAGAUCUCAGUCUGUUGGUCCCUUCAAUCCCCAACGACCUUCCCCAGCAACAUCAUCCUUUCGAUGAACAUCACCGCAGACGCUCAGUAUGGAAGAAUAAUGUUUCCCGAGAGCAAAAAUAGUCUACAAUUCGAGCAAAAGGCCGAAAGCUUUAGUCAAUGCAAGAUAUUUGAGGCAUCCGUUGAAUCUAGAGCAGAGACUAUUUUUAAGCCUAUGGAUUUGGAGAUGUCCUGGGAGAUCAUAAGCAACAUUCAACAAGAUGAGGAGUUCUGCUCAAAUUGUGUCUCUGUCAACCCAAAUGAUCCAACCUACGCCCGCAGUCAAGCAGUUUUCAACACAGGAUGCCAGAACAUUCCUUGCAGAGCGGAUCUCAGGAUUUCUGGCAAACUAUUCGCUCCGCAGCCCUACAUUCUAGGAUCCACUGAGACAUUCCGAGUCCAGUAUGAGGUGGUGAACCACGGAGAGACAGCCUACAUUCCUAAAAUAUCCGUCGAGAAGAGUCCAAGCCUCAAUUUCAUGCAAGUUCUCCCGCAGUGCCACCUAGACGAGGACAUUAUGACCUGUGAUCUCUCCUCUGAGCCUCUUCUUCGAGGACAGAGUCGCUCCAUCGCCUUCAGACUCGAUCCCUCAAACCUCGAGGGCACGGAAGUCUUCAUAACAGCCAAUGUUUCAAGUACAGGAGAUGAAGAGACACCCGAAGAUAACACUAUAGAGUUCAUGAUUCCCAUUCAAGAGUUCAGCGACGUUGAAAUCGUCGGGAAGUCACAUCCUCCUUUCGUGGCCAUCAGGGACCGAAAUGACAACGAGAACAUCACCUAUUAUCUCGAAUUCCGGAACCUAGGGCCAACACCACUGAGGCCGGGCGAGAUUCACUUCGAUAUUCCCAUUUCUAUGAUGUUUGGCCGACGUUCGGUACAAUUCAUAAAGUUCAGCGAGAUCAUAGCGAUCGCCCACUACAAGUCCUUAGCCUUGCUCAUCUCCUGGAGUCAAGAUAACAACAUUCUCCUUCAGAACCCUACAGAAUACACAACCAGCUUCCCUGCCAUUGCUGAUGAUCUCAGUGGAAACAAUUACGAUUCUUCCAAAUUGGGUUUCGAUCUCAAUUUAGACACAAACAACCAGAACAACAAUGACGAUGACUUCAAUCAAGUGUACAGAAAGAGAAGGAGUCUAGAAACCACAACUUCCUUCAAUCCCUACACAUUAGGACUCACUGAAAACCACCCGAGCAGCGCUCGAAGCCUAGAUGAUGCUAUUUUGGGUUCCAGGAUCGACAAAACCAUUAUUUUAGAUUGUAAACAGGAGCAAGUGUCUUGCAUCAAGGGAUCAGUGUCAAUUCCAGCCUCAAUCACACCAAAUGAUCCUCCAGUUAUGAUUAAACUCACCUUCCCAGUGGACUUGCAGGCUGUCAACUCAGUAUUGGAUGAGAACAGGGACUCCCUAGUGCUGAGAAUCGUCCCUUCAAUAACCAGAGACGAUGACGAGCAAGGGAGCACGAUAAAAAUUUCCGAGACACCCACUUACACACACUUUGUGCAAGACAUUCCACAAGAGCUGCAAAUCUGGGUGAUUGUUGUGUCGGUAAUAGGUGGACUAUUGCUCCUGACAAUCAUCACCUAUGUUUUAUAUAGGCUUGGAUUCUUCAAGAGGGAGAAGAAAGCCGAAAUCGCAAGACUGGUUAGAGAGAGCCAAAUCCAAGCCGCCAUGGAGAGUGAGGAUGAAGACUAAGUGUUCAAACAUGACAGACUCAACGUCAUUCCUAAAAUGGAACCUAGGUGCCAUUCAAAUCCAUUAUAGUCAGAUUGAUUAUCAAUCAAUUUCAUUGAGUGAUAUUUUACAGUCACUUUUUUAUUGGUACUUAAAAUUACUGUAAUUAAAUAGAAGUAAAUGUCACGUAAAGUCACAAAGAUCCUUGACUUUU